AUGGUGGCAGGCCGCGUGAAGGCGGCCAUGGGCUUCCAGCGCAGCCCCAAGUCGCCGGCGCCGGAAGCAGCGCCGUCUCCAUCCCGGAUGCCUAACCGGGCGCCGCCCACGUCGGGCUCCGCGUCCACCACCGCCGGCUCGGCGCCGCCGUCCAAGGCGUCGGCGCUCGCGCGGUCCUUCGGCGCGUACUUCCCGCGCUCUUCGGCGCAGGUGCGCCCCGCCGCCGCCCGCGCGCCGCCGCAGGUCGCGGAGCUGCUGUGCGCCAUCGAGCAGCUCCAGGAGCGGGAGUCGCGGCUCCGCGUGGAGCUGCUGGAGCAGAAGAUACUCAAGGAGACCGUCGCCAUCGUCCCGUUCCUGGAGGCCGAGCUCGCGGCCAAGAGGACCGAGCUCCAGCGGUGCAGGGACACCGCGGACCGACUGGAGGCCGAGAACGCGCGGCUGUGCGCCGAGCUCGACGCCGCCGCGCUCGAGGUCACGAGCAGGAAGCAGAGGAUCGUCGAGCUGGAGAAGGAAAUGGCGGAGCUGAUGAGGAAGCAACAGGAGGCUGCGGCGGCGGCGGCGGCGGACGCCGACGACUGCUCCUCGUCCGCCUCGGCGCCGAACGAGCAUCUCGAGAGCUCCAGCGCGGCGCCAAAUCGUGCGAGUUUAGCUCAGCUCGGUGCUGAGCGGCCGUACAUUCCGCCGCCGCCAGCGCCUUUCAUGCCCAAGUCCUACUUCUCCGCCUCGUCGCACCCUUCGCCCGCAAUCUUGUCGCCACCCUCCCCGUCUUCCUCCACGUCCACCUCGUCGUCUUCGCCAGCGCACUCCCGCUCGUCGUCGGAUACGGCAGCCGCUCCGCGACGCCGCGUGGUAGUAGAGCUCUCAAAGCUGCCGCCCAUACCUCCGCCGCCGCCGCCUUGCCCUCCUCCGCCACCUCCCAGCAGGAGCAAGAGAUUCUCUCCCUCGAGCUCAGCCAGAGCCGACGGAAGCGCAGCCGCCGCCGCCGCCCCACCUCCCCCGCCGCCUCCCCCUCCGGCAAGGAGGCCGCCGUUCGGCGCCGUGCCACCACCAGGGGGGGCAUCAUCGUCGGGGCAAUGCGACGUCAGGCGCGUGCCCGAGGUGGUGGAGUUCUACCACUCAUUAAUGCGGCGGGAGUCCAAGAGGGACGGCGGUGUCGCAGGUGAGCCCGCGAACGGCGGCGGCGUGACGACGACGCGCGACAUGAUCGGCGAGAUCGAGAACCGGUCGGCUCACCUCCUCGCGAUCAAGUCGGACGUGGAGAGGCAGGGCGACUUCAUCCGGUUCCUGAUCAAGGAGGUGGAGGGCGCGGCGUUCGUCGACAUCGACGACGUCGUCAGCUUCGUCAAGUGGCUGGACGACGAACUCUCGCGCCUGGUGGACGAGCGCGCGGUGCUGAAGCACUUCGAGUGGCCGGAGCACAAGGCGGACGCGCUCCGCGAGGCGGCGUUCGGCUACUGCGACCUCAGGAAGCUGGAGGCGGAGGCGGCCUCGUUCCGCGACGACGCGCGGCAGCCCUGCGCCGCCGCGCUCAAGAAGAUGCAGGCGCUCUUCGAGAAGUUGGAGCACGGCGUGUACAACCUCGCCCGCGUCCGGGACGCCGCCACCAGCCGGUACACCCGGUUCCAGAUCCCGUGGGAGUGGAUGAAGCAGGACACCGGCAUCGUCAGCCAGAUCAAACUCCAGUCUGUGAAGUUGGCAAUGAAGUACCUGAAACGGGUUUCCUCUGAGCUUGAGGUAAUCAAGGGAGGCCCUGAAGAGGAGGAACUGAUGCUUCAAGGAGUACGGUUCGCCUUCAGAGUACACCAGUUUGCAGGUGGAUUCGACGUGGACACCAUGCGAGCCUUCCAGGAGCUCAAGGAGAAGGCGUCCAUGUGCUGGAUACAACGGCAGAAGCAGCACCGUCAGCUGCGGCAGCACAGACUCGUUGCCAGGGCCUGA